AUGAAUACAACUUUUACAAGACCUCAUAGCAUGGUGCAGCUACCACCGAUGGAUGCAAGAAUCACUCCGCCUCCCGAGGAGCUAAACAUUGAACCGUCAGUUUGCAGUUCUUCUUCACGAAGGAGACGUCGACGAUCUUCCAGCUCCAAAAGCCGUCCUACACCAGAGAGUGUUAACCAACAGCCCUAUGCCAACUCUCGUCUUAUCUUUUCGCCCAGGCCUUUUGAAGAUCUUUAUAUAGAUCGAGCAUAUCUUAUUUCUUGUCUCCAGCAGCAAGCUUGCCGAGCUACGGAUCUCAUGACACAGUAUGGCGCCCUGGAAGUGCAGAUUCGCAACCUUGUUGGCGACAAAGGCCGGCGAAAGCUGAGAAAACAGCUGGCUCUGCUGAAGUCUAAAGCCAACCAGGCCGCUGAACAGGAGAAGGCUAUCUUCUCCCGCCUGGGUGAACUCUUUGUUGAAAUCAGGAGCCGAGAGACUUGGGCAAAAACAUGGACUGUCGAAAGCCCUAGUGUCGCAUCAUCCGUCUGCUUCAGUCCCGUUUCCUACGGCUUUACCACUCCUUUGACGCCUCUGAGCGGCAAUUCUGAGCACUUUGCCCCUAUGGGCUACUUUGGCGAUGCGCAACAGGCCUAUGAACCACCAUAUAUUCAACAGGAGCCGACGCCGUACGGUCUGGAAACUGUCGACGAGGCCGCAGAGGAUAUCUUUGGUCCUGAAUCUAGCUGUGAUAGCGCUGAAUCUGAGACCACCCCAACAACUCCAACCAACGUUGUUGCACCCUUCGUUCAGGAGAAGGACUAUGGUUCUGAACUUGGAGAAGAGUUGAGUGAGGAGCGGUUUGUUGCGCUUAGGGAGAGAAGGCUUAGUCUUCCCUGUCUUCAUAAUGCUUGGCCUGAGGUUUAG